ACAACAAAAAUAAAAUCCCCUCUCUUCUUUUUCUUUAAUAUUUUGCCAGUAAUGGCAGCCAUCACUGGCAGUAACUGCAGCAAAAGAAGGUGAGAGGGCUUUUUUCCUUCAUCGGGAAGGUAAAAGCUUUAGCAUAUAUAUCCCUACUGCACUGUCAACAUUGAACUUCAAAAACACUGCUAUCUUGUCUUUCAUGGUGCAAAAAUGACUAGAAAUAUAAAUCACCCACGUUUCACAGUUGGCUGGGUUUUGUAGCAUAAAUCUCGUGGAGAAUUUUAGAGAUAUGGUUUAGUACCCUAAGUGAAGAACAACUAGGAAAAGAUAAGACAGUGAGAGAGAAAGAGAAAGAGAUAAUGGAAGGUGGUUCCAAUAGCACUUCUUGCAUGUUGGCUUUUGGACACAACAAUAAUACUUGCAAUGGACCAUGUCAUGUGUCUAUGAUGCCAUCCAUGUCUUCCCAUCAUCAUCAUCAUAUGGACUCGAAUAAUCCUUUAUUUCUUCCUUUACCUCCCACCAACAAUCAAGACCCGAACCAUAAUAGCACCAGCGGUUCACCCUCUAUGAUCCUCAACAACACAGGGUGUUAUUUCAUGGAGAACAAUAAUAAUGAUGAUGAUGGCAGCUCUUCUUCUUCUAUGAAAGCCAAGAUCAUGUCUCACCCUCACUAUCACCGUCUGUUGGCCGCUUAUGUCAAUUGCCAAAAGGUUGGAGCACCGCCUGAAGUGGUGGCGAGAUUGGAAGAAGCAUGCGCGACUGCUGCCACCGUGGGGGGUACUAGUAGCACCAGUUACAUGGGUGAAGAUCCAGCACUUGAUCAGUUCAUGGAAGCUUACUGUGAGAUGCUGAUUAAAUAUGAACAAGAGCUGUCUAAACCAUUCAAGGAAGCCAUGGUUUUCCUCCAAAGGAUCGAGUGUCAAUUCAAAGCCCUCACAGUUUCAUCUUCAAAUUCUGCUUAUGGUACUGAAACUUUUGAAAGGAAUGGAUCGUCUGAAGAAGAAACUGAUGUAAACAACAAAAGUUUCAUCGAUCCCCUCGCGGAAGAUCGAGAACUUAAAGAUAAACUUUUACAGAGAUACAGCGGAUAUUUAGGCAGCUUAAAGCAAGAGUUUAUGAAGAAAAGGAAGAAAGGUAAGCUACCUAAGGAAGCCAGGCAACAAUUAUUGGAUUGGUGGAGUAGACAUUACAAAUGGCCAUACCCUUCGGAGUCGCAAAAGCUUGCCCUGGCGGAAUCAACCGGUUUGGAUCAGAAACAAAUCAACAACUGGUUCAUUAACCAAAGGAAAAGACAUUGGAAACCAUCUGAAGAUAUGCAGUUUGUGGUAAUGGAUGGUACACAUAAUCCACACUAUUUUAUGGAUAAUGUUGUAGGCAAUCCAUUUCCAAUGGAUCUUUCCCCUACAUUUCUCUAAAAGAUGAAUUUUAUAUGGGAAGGAAAUUUGAAGGCAAAAAUUGCAUAUUAUAUGCAGACCUAUUCAUAUUUAUGUCAUGUCGUAUGCAACUUUUGAGGCUAUAGUAUUGCCACUUUUUCAUGUAGUUUGAUCUAGAAUAUGGAGAUCAUUGUUAGUUUUUGUGUUUUCUUCUAAUAAUUGUUAUUACACAUGGUUUUAAGCUAAUAUGAGAUUGCUAUUAAACAACAAUAUAUAAAUACUCUGCAACAGUAGUUUUUUGGUAAAAUUACCACCGAGGUCCUUGUAUUAGUUGUAUUAUAUUCUGCUCUAUAUUUAAAAUGGAUAGUGGAUAAAUUAGUUUUGUA